ACAAAAAAAAUGUACGCAAAACCGCCAAUCAGUCUCAUACUGCAGAUGCUGACCGUAUCGUUGGUGUCCAUCGAGCGGCAGACAAACUAUAACCGAUUGGUUACACCGCAACAAUCGGGUGACCAGUUAUUAAACAACAAAGAGUACGACUAUAUAGUUAUUGGAUCGGGAACUGGUGGCGGUAUUGUUACGGGACGUCUAGCCGAGAGUCUACCCGACCAUAGUAUACUAUUGCUUGAGGCUGGCGGUCCGCAAACAGUGGUCAGCGAUAUACCGGCCAAUGCCGACGGUUUGCUGGAAACGGAUAUUGAUUGGCAAUUUCGUACACAACCGCAACCAUAUUUUACGGGUGUCGGUGUCGACUAUAAUAUGGGUAGACUGUUGGGCGGGUCGUCAUCGUUCAAUGGUAUGCAUUAUAAUCGAGGUAAUCGGCGACACUAUGAUGAAUGGUCCCAAAAGUACGGUGCCAUAGGCUGGUCCUAUGAGGAACUCAUACCCUAUUGGUUGAGAUCGGAAAAUAAUACCGACCAGCAGAUAGUUGCCGCCAAUCCCCGAUUGCAUGGUACCAGCGGACCGUUGGUAGUAUCGUCGGAUACUAGUCCCCGGCCAGUCAUACAAUUGCACGAACAGGCAGUUAUGGAAUUGGGCAUUCCCCGAUUGGACAUUAACGGCCCGCGACAGGCGGGCACUAUGAUAGCCCAGUCCAACAUCGAUGCCGGUAUCCGACAGAGUGUGGCCACCGCUUAUCUGACGCCGCGACCGAAAAACGUGGACAUCCUAUGCGAAGCCUAUGUUACCCAAAUAUUGUUUGACGGACAACAUACAGGUGAUGGUGGUGGUGGUAGUGGUCUGACGGCUACGGGCGUCAAAUUUGAUCGCAAAGGUCAAACCUAUACGGUCAGGGCCCGAAAGGAGGUCAUACUAUCGGCCGGUGUGGUUAUGUCGCCGAAAAUACUGAUGCUAUCGGGUAUUGGUCACCGAAAACAUCUGGAAUCACUGGGGAUACCAGUCCUGCUAGACUUGCCCGUCGGCGACAACAUACAGGAUCAUCCGGCAUCGACAAUACAUACCAUAAUCGACCCGCGCGUAACUGGUAUCCCAGGUGCCGGUAUGACUACCCAACAACUGUUUCAGCUGUAUCUGAACGGUACCGGACCGCUGGCCCGUGGUACCAAUUCGAUGACCUACUUGAGCUCGUCGACCAACCCGGAUCCCGAGUGGCCAAACGUUUUUUUCUACUCCACGGCCCGCUAUAACGGCAAUCUGGCCGUAAUGAUCAACGAAUUUCCGUCCUAUUUGGCCGCUUGGCGUCAAUAUUUCGAGCCGUAUAACAAUACUUUCAUAUUGGAGUCGUCGCCCCAUCUAUUCAUAUGUCGGUCAUUCGGUACCGUACGGUUGGCCUCGAAAAACCCGUACGUCCAGCCAUUAAUUGACCCGCGAAUGUUGGCCGAUCCACGCGAUUAUGCCGAUAUGGUCGACAUAACCAAAUGGGUACUACGUUUCCUACAGACAUCAACCUUCGCCAAAUGGAUCCGUUGGAUACCCCAACCGAUACCCGGCUGCCAGUACUGUAAGGAUGGCCGUCCGCUAUGGGAUUGCGAUCCGUAUGUCCAGUGUCUCAUACGUAUGACUGGUAAGUCGGGCUAUCAUUACGGCGGAGGCAAUCGUAUGGGUGAUCCCCGCCGAUCGGAUACUGUUGUCGAUCCACGUUUGCGGGUCAAACAUAUCCAGCAAUUGCGUGUAUGCGACGGUUCGGUAAUGCCUGAGAUACCCAAUUCAAAUACCAAUGCAGCGGUCAUAGCAAUUGGUGAAAAGUGUGCCGAUAUGAUUAUUGAGGACAACCAUCUCAAUAAUAAUAAUAAUGACGGCUAUUAUCCUAAUAUGGAUGAUGGACAUACCGUACCGUUGAAGGUCAGUGCCAGCAGUAGCUAUACUCUAGGCGACUAUAGUAGUAGUAGUAGUAGUAAUGGUGGUCAUAGUAGUAGUAGUAGUAGGGAUAUAAGCACCGGGAUCAGCACCUAUGGCGAUAGGUUAGUACCAAUAAGCAGUGGUAGCAGUGGUAGUAGUAGUAGUAGUAGUAAUGGUGACACACAUUAUGUUAGUCAAUGGUAUAAAAAAUAA